AUUAAAAAACAAAUCAGUCAGUUGCUAUUUCUGCAAGUGGAAGGAGGUUUUUGCCGGCGCGUCGCAAAAAUCUAGUUUAUUUUGUGGUUUUAUCAAGCAGAGAUGUGUUUCGUAAUCGAACUGUGAAUUUGUGUUGAUUACACAUACAAAAUUUAAUUUUAUAUAAGUAGUUUCCGCGAUUUUCUGCAAUUUAUUCCAAAAUGAGGUUGGCAGGGGCCAUUUUCAGCAAUGUGACCAAAAUGCUGGACUUUUAUUCCCAAUUUAAUCCUUCGCCGCUCUCUAUAAAGCAGUUUAUAGAUUUUGGUCUAAAUGCUUGCGAAAGGAAAUCUUUCGUGUUUUUGCGGAAGGAGUUGCCAGUGAGACUGGCGAACAUAAUGAAAGAGAUAGCGCUACUCCCAGAGAAUCUACUGCGGAUGCCGUCCGUAGGCAUGGUGAACCAGUGGUACGAGCGGUCUUUCGAAGAGAUCAUCCAGUUUGAGAAGAUGGAACCUGAUCCGCCGGUGUUGAGUCAGUUCUGCGAACGUCUGGUUCACAUCAGGAACCGUCACGCGGACGUAGUCCAAACCAUGGCGCAAGGAGUGCUAGAGCUGAAGGAGUCUCACGAGGUGGAUCCUGGCACGGAGAACUCCAUCCAGUACUUCCUCGACCGGUUCUAUAUGAGCCGGAUAUCCAUUCGGAUGCUGAUCAACCAGCACACGCUCCUCUUCGGCGAGCAAAUCGGCGCAAAACAAGCGUCAGUCAACGGCAUAGGCAAUGGCGGCCGGCAUAUUGGCUCCAUCGACCCGGCGUGUGACGUAGUGGCAGUCGUUAAAGAUGCCUACGAGAACGCCAGGUUCCUCUGCGAUAGGUAUUACCUGGCGUCGCCUGAGCUGGAGAUCCUUCAGGGGGGAGUGCCCAGUGAGCGGCCAAUGCCAGUAGUCUACGUGCCGUCCCAUCUCUACCACAUGCUGUUCGAACUGUUCAAGAACGCCAUGAGAGCUGUCAUGGAACACCAUGAGAGCGCGCCCCCGCCUAUACAGGUCAACCUGGUCAAUGGGAAGGAGGAUGUGUCUGUCAAGCUGUCCGACCGCGGCGGCGGCAUUCCUCGCAGCGUGACGGACUACCUAUUCAAGUACAUGUACAGCACCGCGCCUCAGCCGUCCAAGUCCGACUCGCAUACCGUACCGCUGGCCGGUUACGGUUACGGCCUGCCCAUUUCGCGGCUGUACGCGCGUUAUUUCCACGGCGACCUGGUGCUGAUGUCGUGCGAGGGAUACGGGACCGACGCCGUCAUAUAUCUGAAGGCCCUAUCGAACGAAGCGAACGAGCUCCUGCCGAUCUUCAACCGGACAUCUACGAAGUUCUACCGGCCGGUUGUCCAGUUGGCCGACUGGUCCGGCUCCCUAAAUACGGCCGGCGCUCCCCCCAAAAGCCGGGAGAAGGUGUCCCCACUCUCCUCGCCUGUGUCGAACAGCCUAUAGUCCGAGUGAGGCCAGAAGUGAAGUGAAGUGACGCCAAGUCACUAGAAGUGAAGUGAAGUGACGCCGAGUCACUAGAAGUGAAGUGAAGCCAGUGUGUGAUUUGAGACUUUAGUGCGACAAAAGUGAGAAAGAGAAAAGAAGCUCUGGUAAUUUAGACUAUAUAUCGUUUCAUCCACUCGGACGCGCCCCAGCAAUGUUUGGUCUCGGUCGCGCGGGGUGCGGGGAGUGUGGUCCGAGCAAUCCGUAAGGCAUUACUGUAGUGUGCGUAUGCACUCAUGGAGCAUUUAGCGUGUACCGAUAACACUCAAACAUUAGCGGAAGAAUGGUGGGGCGCGUCUUCGUGGAUGAAACGAUCUAUAGUGUAAAAAUUGUGUGACAUCUUAGUGAGAAAGAGAUGAAUAUACAAAUAUUUGAAAAGUGAACACUGCAUUGGCUCUUUCACACAAUAUUUAGUGUGAGAAUGAUGGCAUACCAGAUAAUAGAAAUUUUAAGUUUCUUUAUUAAUGAUACCAGUGGUAAAUAUUAAGGUAACUCAAUGAUUGUUAGUUUAAAAGAAGUGGGUUUCUUCCUCUCUUUCUCACAUCAUAAAGUGUGAAUGAGAGAAGUGAAGUAGUAGACAUAAAAACUAGAUAGAGGUGAAGCUAUACAUAUGUAUGUACACCUUUCAUCUCUUACAGAUCGAAUGUUGUAUACAAUAGUUUUCUCCUUCACACGUAUACUAGUUCGUA